CUUUUACUAUAAGAAUUUAUUAACAACCCAGGACUUUAGAUGUGAUCACAACGUAGACCCUGAAUAUACAGCAGACUAUUUACACAAUAAUUGACUACUGUUCAGCGUCCAGGAAAAAGUUAAUAGUGACUGAUCUCAUGCUGUGAAGCCCUGCCCUGUGGAGACACAUGUCUAAAGCCCGCCCUCUGGUUUCUGAGCAGAGGGAAUUGUAGCUUAGUUUUUCUCUUCCUGUGUCAGCCAUAAGCGUCUGCUUAGACAAGAUGAACUGCUCCAUCUGCCUGAACAUUUAUACAGAUCCUGUAAUGCUGAGAUGUGGACACAACUUCUGCCGGGUCUGUAUUGAUCGUGUGCUGGAUACACAGGACCAGUCUGGAGUGUAUUUAUGUCCUGAAUGCAGAAAAAGGUUUACACAGCGGCCUGCACUGAUGAAGGACAUCGCUCUUAGGAAAAUAAUGGAAAAGUUCCUAUUUACUCAACCAACACAGACAGAACCCGGGAUCUUCUGCACUUACUGUGUGGACUCUCCUGUCCCUGCUGUGAUAUCCUGUCUGCACUGUGAGGCUUCUCUGUGUGAUAAACAUCUGAGAGUUCACAGCAAAUCACCAGAACACGUCUUAUCUGAGACCGGAACUUCUCUGGAGAACAGGAAAUGUUCUGUCCAUAAGAAGAUCCUGGAAUAUUACUGCAUUGAGGACACUGCUUGUAUCUGUGUGUAUUGUUCAGCUGGAGAACAUCGAGAACAUCGGGUGGAGAGGCUGGAUGAGGCCUCUGAGAAGAAGAAGGAGAAACUGAGGAAUGUUCUCCAGAAACUGAUCACAAAGAGAGAGGAGACUGAGGAAAGAGUCCAGAGUCUGGAGGAGCGCAGGAGAAAAGCUCAAGAGAAAUCAUCUGGAGAAGCGGAGAGAGUCACUGCCCUGUUUCUAGAUAUGAGGAGAUGGCUGGACGACCUGGAGAAGAGGGUCCUGAGUGAGAUCUCCAGGCAGGAAAAGGAAUCACUGUCACUGUCUGCUCUGAUCCAUCAGCUGGAAAUAAAGAAGGACGAGCUGUCCAGGAAGAUGAGACACAUUGAGGAGCUGUGUAACAUGACGGAUCCACUGACUGUCUUACAGGAACCAGACACAGGUGACUUGUGUGAUCCUGAGGAGGGGGGAGGGGAUGAGGACACAGGGGGACAUAAGACACAUGAUGUAGAUGAUCUGGAUGUGACUGUGAUCUCAGACACAUUCUGCACAUUAUGUGACAUAAUAUCAGGUAUAAGGGUCUAUGAGGAGGGUCCUGCAGACAUAUUACUGGAUGUAAACACGGCUCAGAAUAAUCUCCUUAUAUCAGACGACCUGAAAACUGCAACCAAGACAGAAGAGAAGCAGAAUCGUCCAAAAACAGCAGAGAGAUUCCUGUAUUAUCAGGUGAUGAGCAAAAACAGAUUCUCCUCAGGACAACAUUAUUGGGAUGUGGGGAUCAGUAGUUCAAGAUAUUGGAGGGUGGGGAUGUGUUAUCCCAGUAUAGAUAGGAGGGGAGAUCAGUCAUUAAUUGGAGAUAAUAACAAGUCCUGGGGAUUGAGGAGGAGGAGGAGCAGGGGGAAUAAUUAUUUAGUGAUACAUGACAACAAACAGAUCCAGUUACCUCACAAUAUCUCCAGUGAUAGAUUCAGGAUCUGUCUGGAUUAUGAGGCCGGGCAGCUGUCCUUUUAUGAGCUGUGUGACCCCAUCAGACACUUACACACCUUCACCGCCACCUUCACCGAGCCCCUUCAUGCUGUAUUAUGGGUAAGAGAAGGUUCUAUAAAGAUAUCAGAGGGAGGCAGAAAGUGGACGCAACCAUCAUAACCUAAGAAACUGUUGAGAGAAACCGAAAUUCUGAUUGGUGGAUUAUUUAGCCAAUGGAAUGGAUAACAGGUGAUGAUUCCUACAUGGCAGCCGUCCCUAUGACUAGAUCAGGUGGUCUUAUUGAUUGAUAUAUUUCUACAUAUUGGGGCAAUUAGGUGUUAAGAGGAUUAUUUCUGCCUUAAAGGGGUACUCCGGUGGAAUUAUUAUUUUUUUUUUAAAUCAACUGGUUAUACAGAUUUGUAAAUUACUUCUAUUUAAAAAUCUUAAUCCUUCCAGUACUUAUCAGCUGCUUUAUACUACAGAGGAAGUUGUAUUUCUUUCUGGAGUUCUUGUCAUUUUGACCACAGUGCUCUCUGCUGACACCUCUGUCCAUGUCAGGAACUGUCCAGAGUACAAGGAAAUACCCAUAAGCAAACCUCUCCUGCUCUGGACAGUUCCUGACAUGGAC